UCCCAUUGAUCCCUCCAGACCCCCAGUAUCCCUGCAUUCCUUGGUGCAGCAGCUGCUGUAUCGGCCGCCAUGUUGGUCUCGGUUUUGCCCGCAGCCCGUGAGACAGCAGUAGCAGCCAGGAACAGCAGAGAGACGGAGAGAGAGAGAGAGCGAGAGCGAGAGAGAGAGAGAGAGAGGGCGAGCGAGCGCUAGAUAGAUAGAUAGAUAGGUAGGUAGGUAGGUAGAGAGAGAGGGAUGCGCAAAAACAUCCAAAACAACCCACAAACAUCAUAGAAUCUGACGCAGAAGCAGCACGGAUGCAACAUUUACAACAUGAAAAUUCCUUAUUAACCGUCAUUUCAAAUGGGAGAGUUUUUGGAAUGAGAGAAAAUGCAGAUGGAACAUUAGGGCUUUCACUGUUUUACAGAGGAGCGGUUUCGUUUUUUUAUAUUGCAGAUUUGCCAUAUAUGCAUUUUUUUGUGCUGCAAUCUUGAAAACAGAGUAAGAUCAUGGGAGGACCUUUUUAAUUGUUUUUGUCAUGGGUCAGGGGUGAAUUUCAUGGGAUUUGUAGCGCGUUUAGAAUUAGGGAAGAUCAUUUGAAUGCGAAGGGAAAUACUGUUGCAAGCCUGUUCGUGUUGGGUUUGAGAGUUUUUAUUAUUUUACUGUAAAAUGCCGAAGUUGUACACCCCCUGUAUUUUUAAAUUAUAUUUUUAAAAUGAUUCAUUUUGAACUGUAAAAGAAAAGAUUAUAGGAAUAGGUUAAAUAUACUGUAACAAGAACCAGAGACCUGCAUCGUUUGUUGACAUUUUCGUCUGGAUUUUUGUAUCAUUCUUUUACAUUUCUAAACAUACCCAAUCACAUUUUUAAAAAUGUCUGGGGAGGUUCGUUUGAAGAAACUGGAAAAAUUGAUUUUGGAUGGGCCAGCUCGGUCGAAUGGUCAGUGCUUCAGUGUGGAGACAUUGCUGGAUAUCCUAAUUUGUCUCUAUGAUGAAUGUAACAAUUCCCCUCUAAGGAGAGAGAAAAAUGUGUUGGAUUUUCUGGAUUGGGCCAAGCCCUUCACUUCAAAAGUGAAGCAAAUGCGCCUACACAAAGAAGACUUUGAAAUCCUUAAAGUGAUUGGACGAGGAGCCUUUGGUGAGGUUGCUGUGGUGAAAGUGAAAAAUGCAGAGAAGGUUUUUGCUAUGAAGAUUCUGAACAAAUGGGAGAUGCUGAAAAGAGCUGAGACUGCCUGCUUCCGAGAGGAAAGAGAUGUGCUGGUAAAUGGAGACAGCCAGUGGAUCACGACUUUGCACUAUGCUUUCCAGGAUGAAAACUAUUUAUACCUUGUUAUGGACUACUACGUGGGUGGUGACCUCCUUACACUGCUCAGCAAGUUUGAGGACAGGUUGCCUGAGGACAUGGCACGUUUUUACCUGGCAGAAAUGGUGCUAGCAAUUGACUCUGUUCAUCAGCUGCAUUAUGUACACAGGGACAUCAAACCAGAUAACAUUCUCAUGGAUAUGAAUGGACACAUUCGGCUUGCAGACUUUGGUUCUUGCCUCAAACUCAUGGAAGAUGGAACAGUUCAGUCUUCAGUUGCUGUGGGAACGCCAGACUACAUCUCCCCCGAAAUCUUGCAAGCGAUGGAGGAUGGCAAGGGGAAGUACGGCCCUGAGUGUGACUGGUGGUCCCUGGGCGUCUGCAUGUAUGAAAUGCUUUAUGGAGAAACUCCCUUUUAUGCAGAAUCCUUAGUAGAGACAUACGGCAAAAUAAUGAACCACAAAGAGAGGUUUCAGUUUCCAGCACAACUAAUGGAUGUAUCUGAAAAUGCCAAAGACUUGAUCCGAAGGCUUAUUUGCAGCAGGGAACACCGGCUUGGCCAAAACGGCAUUGAGAACUUUAAGAAACACCCAUUUUUUGUUGGCAUUGACUGGGACAACAUCCGAAACUGUGAGGCACCUUAUAUCCCUGAAGUCAGCAGUCCUACCGAUACGUCCAACUUUGACGUAGAUGAUGAUUGUUUAAAGAAUUCCGAAACGAUGCCCCCACCAUCACACACUGCCUUCUCUGGCCAUCAUUUACCAUUUGCUGGGUUUACAUAUACUAGUAACUGUACUCUCUCUGACCGAGGCUGCUUAAGGGAGGUCUCCGGACCCACUUCAACAGAAACUGACAUCAGAGUCCAGAGAAGUCUAGAAGAUAGCUUAGCAACUGAAGCUUAUGAGAGGAGAAUACGACGUCUAGAGCAAGAGAAACUUGAGCUAAGCAGGAAGCUCCAAGAAUCAACACAGACGGUUCAGGCGCUGCAAUAUUCCAGUGUAGAUGGACCAGUAGCUGCAAGCAAAGAAAUAGAAAUCAGAAACUUGAAAGAAGAAAUAGAAAAGUUAAAAAAACAGAUUGAAGAGUCAGGCCAGUUGGAACAGCAGCUUGAAGAAGCCAGCCAUGCAAGAAGAGAUCUGGAAGAAACCUCCAGGCAUGUGAAGGCAUUUGAAAAGCAAAUCAAAAUGCUAAAGCAGGACAAGGAUGAUCUCUAUAAGGAACUGACUGAUACAAGUGAAAAGCUAAAAUCCCAAACCAAAGAGCUGAAGGACGCCCACACCCAGAGGAAGUUGGCCAUGCAGGAGUUCUCAGAGAUAAACGAGCGAGUCACAGACAUGCGCUCCCACAAACAGAAGCUUUCCCGGCAGCUGCGGGACAAGGAGGAGGAGAUGGAGGUGGUGCAGCAGAAGGUGGAGAGUUUGCGGCAGGAUGUCCGCAAGGCUGAAAAAGCUAAGAAGGAGCUGGAAGCUCAGGCGGAGGAAGCUACAGCUGAGGCCUCAAAAGAGAAGAAGCUGCGAGAAAGAAGUGAACAGUACUCCAAACAGCUUGAGGGGGAACUGGAGGGACUUAAGCAAAAGCAGAUGGGCCGCUCACCAGGGAUCAGCAGCAUGGAGCACCAGCAGGAGAUCACUCAGCUGAAAUGUGAACUGGAGAAGAAGAGUGUGUUCUACGAGGAGGAGCUGUCCAAGAGGGAGCUGCUGCAUGCUAGCGAGAUCAAGAACCUCAAGAAGGAGCUGCGUGAUGCAGAGAGCCACCACCUCACCCUUAACAAGGAGAUCAUGAUCCUCAAGGAUAAGUUAGAGAAGACAAGAAGAGAGAGCCAAAGCGAACGAGAAGAGUUUGAAGCUGAAUUCAAACAGAAGUAUGAAAGGGAGAGGAUCCUGUUGACGGAGGAGAAUAAGAAGCUUUCCAGUGAAGUAGAUAAGCUAACAGCUAUGUUUGAGAAGCUGAGCAGCAGUAACAGACAACUGGAGGAUGAGAUGAGGGAGCUGGCUGAUAAGAAGGAGUCGGUAGCACACUGGGAGGCUCAGAUCACUGAAAUCAUUCAGUGGGUAAGUGAUGAGAAGGAUGCACGGGGCUAUCUCCAGGCUUUAGCUACAAAAAUGACAGAGGAAUUGGAAGGUUUGAGAAAUUCAAGUCUUGGUGCAAGAGCUACGGACAUGCCCUGGAAGAUGCGGCGCUUUGCAAAGCUGGACAUGUCGGCCCGGCUGGAGCUGCAGUCAGCGCUGGAUGCGGAGAUUCGGGCCAAGCAGGUUAUACAGGAUGAGCUGAAUAAAGUCAAAGCUUCAAACAUGUCCACUGAAUGCAAACUGCAAGAGUCAGAGAAGAAGAAUUUGGACCUUUUGACAGAAAUUGAAAAACUGAAGAAAGAAACGGAAGAACUUAGAUUGGAAAAGGGUGUAAAGCACCAAGACUCACAGAAUUCUUUCUUGGCAUUUUUGAAUGUGCCUACCUCUCCUCUGGAUCAAUUUGAUGACUCUGUUUCCUCCUCCUCAUCAUCUUUAAUUGAGUUUUGGGAUGAUCGUUCUCCUGUCUGUAUCCCAGCUAGCAAAGGCAGACGUAUUGAUUCCAUUGAGAACUUUAACUUGUCCAAUACGCCAUCCCGAGAUGAAGAGGCCAAAUCCCAAAUUCAUUCCAGAUCCAGGUCCCCCUCAACUGCAAGUGACAUGGAACCAAUUGAGGUAAUGGAUCACCCACCUCGUACUGUGCAAACACCAACAAUGCGGUCAGCAUAUAGUGGAUCAAGCCUUUUGACACCCAAGCCAAAAGCACAUCAGUUCGUAGUGAAAUCAUUCAAUACUCCCACAAAAUGCAACCAGUGUACGUCUCUCAUGGUCGGAUUGAUACGUCAGGGCUGUACCUGUGAAGUUUGUGGAUUCUCGUGUCACGUGACGUGUGCGGAUAAGGCUCCAGCUGUUUGCCCAAUUCCACCUGACCAAACAAAGGGACCACUGGGAAUAGAUCCACAGAAGGGUAUUGGGACAGCCUACGAGGGGCAUGUCAGGGUGCCUAAACCUGCCGGGGUGAAGAAAGGCUGGCAGAGGGCCAUCGCUGUAGUGUGUGACUUCAAACUCUUCCUCUAUGACUUGGCAGAAGGGAAGGCCUCCCAGCCCAGUGUAGUUGUGAGCCAAGUUAUUGACAUGAGGGACGAAGAGUUUUCAGUCAGUUCAGUUUUAGCUUCAGAUGUCAUUCACGCCAACAGGAAGGACAUUCCAUGCAUCUUCAGGAUUACAGCCUCCCAGCUCUCGGCGGCAAGUAACAAGUGUUCAGUCCUAAUCCUGGCCGACAGUGAGAAUGAGAAGAACAAGUGGGUUGGAGUGUUAAAUGAACUGCACCGCAUUUUGAAGAAAAAUAAACUCAAAGACAGAUCGGUAUACGUUCCCAAAGAGGCCUACGACAGCACCCUUCCACUAAUCAAAACCACACAGUCAGCUUCCAUCAUAGAUCAUGAACGAAUAGCUCUGGGCAAUGAGGAGGGAUUAUUUGUAGUGCAUGUCACCAAAGAUGAGAUUAUCCGCGUUGGUGAUAACAAGAAAGUCCACCAGAUAGAGCUCAUCCCCAGCGAGCAGCUGAUGGCAGUGAUUUCUGGGAGGAACCGACACGUCCGCUUGUUUCCCAUGUCAGCCCUGGAUGGCAGAGAGACGGACUUCUACAAACUGGUGGAAACAAAGGGUUGCCAAACAAUCGUGUCAGGGCAGGUCCGACAGGGGGCGCUAACAUGCCUGUGUGUAGCCAUGAAGAGGCAGGUGAUAUGCUAUGAACUGAAUCAGAGCAAGUCACGCCACAAAAAGAUCAAAGAGAUCCAGGUGCCGGGCAAUGUUCAAUGGAUGGCUAUGUACAGUGAGCGGCUCUGCGUGGGCUACCAGUCUGGCUUUAUGAAGUACAGUCUCCCAGGGGAAGCGAACCCCAUUAACUUACUCCACCACGACGACCACACACUUUCCUUCAUCACGCAUCAGGGCAUGGACACCAUCUGCGCUGUAGAGAUCUCUAACAAGGAGUAUUUGCUGUGUUUCAGCAGCAUAGGAGUGUAUGUGGACUGUCAGGGCCGAAGGUCAAGGCAACAGGAGCUCAUGUGGCCUGCACUUCCAAUUUCCUGUUGUUAUAAUGCUCCAUACCUGUCGGUGUACAGUGAAAAUGCUGUAGAUGUCUUUGACAUCAACACGAUGGAGUGGAUCCAAACAGUUCCAUUGAAGAAGGUGCGGCCUUUAAAUACAGAUGGAUCUUUAAAUAUUCUAGGCCUGGAAACUAUUAGGUUAAUUUAUUUCAAGAACAAGAUGGCAGAGGGAGAUGAGCUGGUGGUUCCCGAAACGUCUGAUAACAGCAGGAAGCAGAUGGUGCGAAACAUUAACAAUAAGAGACGGUAUUCCUUCAGGGUGCCAGAGGAGGAGAGAAUGCAGCAGAGGAGAGAAAUGCUGAGGGACCCAGAGAUGAGAAAUAAACUAAUUUCCAACCCCACGAAUUUUAACCACAUAGUUCACAUGGGUCCUGGGGAUGGUAUCCAGAUACUGAAAGAUCUGCCCGUGCCAGGUUCCCCUCACCCAUCCCCUAAUCAUCACUUGCGCUUGAUCUCCACUCCGACCAACUUUGAGCACGUCUAUCACAUGACUGUCCGUUCUGCUGAAAACUUCCUCUAUUUUGAUUCCAUAAACCCUUCAUACUCCCCUUCACUGAGCUCUCUCCCUGGAACUCCAUAUUCCAUAUCUCCAAGGAACCUCCGUCCUCAGGAGAGCCGCACCAUGUUCAGCGGGUCUGUAAGCAUCCCCUCUAUCACCAAGUCCCGCGCCGAGCCAGGCCGCUCCAUGAGUGCAAGCAGCGGACUGGGAUCAAGAUCCACAGCACAGAAUGGAAGUGCUCUCAGGAGGGAGUGCUCAGGAGGAAGCUACGGGGCCAAAAGACAACCAAUUGCUUCGCCUUCCGAUGGCUCUUUGUCCUCUGGGGGGAUGGAUGGUGGUGAUGCACCAAUAUCACAGUUUGAAAGAGAGUGGCAGGCUGUCUCCCCAGCAGAGAAGACUCCUGAUUUGAAAAGGGCAUUAAGGACCCUGCUUAGUAAAGUUAAGGAUUCCGAUUCCCCUCGACACUCCACAGCUUCCAACAGCUCCAACCUGAGCAGCCCGCCCAGCCCAGCUUCCCCUCACAAAACCAAGAGCCUCUCCUUAGGGAGCACAGACCACGUUGGGUGGGAAACAUGAGCUUCACAAGUCGUCUAAACUUGAUGUCCAAUCAAGUUUCUCCUCUCCCUCCUUCUCCAGUCCCUCAGACCUCAUUCAUUAUAAUCAUUCUCCUUGGGAACCCCCAUCUGCUGCAGCACACCUUUCACCUCAUUGGCCAUAAGAGAUGCAAAAUUGAAAUAAAAUACCAAGACUUCAUCUGAAGACUGAAUUGAAGACGUCGACCAGCUGAUGCAAAGUUUCGGGGGGGGGGGGGGGGGCGGUGACGGUGCAAAGACUACUGAACUUGAGCUGAUGUGUUUGUUGCCAACAACUCCCAUUUAUCACGAUCCAUAUUUGGACAGGAUUUUUGUGUGUGUAAAAACAAAGAAAGAAUGAUUUACAAAUGUAUAUAAACACAUGUAUUAAGUUUAUAGAUAGAACUGAUAUUUAUAGUAGAAUAUGUUUCGUUAGCUUAAAAAAAAAAAAAAAAAAAAAUAAGG